ACCGUACGAGGAAUUUCCUUAACAACUCCGUCAAUGUCAUUUCUCCGGAGUUUCCCAAAGUACUAAAAUGAAACUUCUUGAACACACCGGAACCUUCUGGAUUCUUUCUUUGUAGAGUGUUGCCCAAAUCAAACCCAACAUUCUUUAAACCCCUUUCGUAAGUCCUUCUACUUCACCCACAGUAUAUUGAGGAGAAGACCGUAAUUCGGCCACAAUGUCUCUUCCUUGUCUGUAUAUAUAUAAGGAGAAUAGUUAACACAGUAAUCCACUAAAAGUUACAGGCAAACACACAAGCAUUUUUUAGUUUAUUUCUUUGUUCGAUUAAUUCUCCUGCGUGAGUUCCCAUGGAGAGAGGAGGCGGAGGUUACAGGGGAAGAGGAAGAGGCAGUGAUGGGUAUGGCCAAGGAGGAGGAGGAGGAGGAAGAGGCAGAGGUUCUGGUGGUGGUGGUUAUGGCGGAGAAGGUAGAGGCGGGGGAGGAGGAAGAGGAAGAGGGAGAAGUGGUGGUCGCCAUGGCGUGGAUCGAUACCAGCAUCAGCGGCAGCGUUAUGAUAGUCAGAUCGAACAAUCCAGGGGUGUCUGGAGGCAAUCUGGUAGUGGUGAUCGCGAUCAGGCGGAGGUUAUACCUCCUCAGAUCGUGCCUACUGAGGGAUCGAGCAGAGAUUCUGGCUAUGGUGGUGGAGAUGGAGGUGUAGGACGAGGAGGCAGUGUUUGGGGGAAUCGCGGCAGAGGGUGGAAAGCGGUGACUUCUUCUCCAAGUCAACUCGAACAGAAUCAACCCGAGAGUGUUUCUCCAGAUACUGUGGCUUAUGGGGUACAAAGAAUGACGAUUUCUAGUCAGCCGUCUCGUCCUACCGGUAGCAAAGACCGAAUUGUUCCGAUAGGGAGGCCGGAUAAGGGUGGCUCAAAUUCCACCCGAAGUCUUAGAAUUCGUGUGAAUCACUUUGUUGUCAACUACAAUCCCAAAAGUGUUAUAUUGCACUAUGAUGUAGACGUCCAGCCAGAGAUUCCUCCCAAGCAUGGAAGACCUGUGAGGAUCCCCAAGCCUGAUCUUUCAAUGAUCAGGGAUAAGUUAUUCUCUGACAAUCCUUCAAAGUUUCCUAUAUCAUCGACUGCUUAUGAUGGUGAGAAGAAUAUAUUUAGUGCUGUGCCAUUGCCGACUGGAAAGUUCAAGGUGGUGCUUUCAGGAGAGGACUCGGCCCGGUCUUACUUUUUCAGUAUAAAGCUUGUAAAUGAGCUCCAGUUAGGCAGGUUAAACGACUACAUACUUGGACGUCUCCCAUCAAUCCCUCGUGAUAUCUUGCAAGGGAUGGAUUUGGUGAUGAAGGAGAAUCCGACUAGGAGAAUGAUUCCUUUUGGUAGAAGCUUCUAUCCCAAAGAACCUCAUCCAGAAGAUGACCUUGGAAAUGGAGUUUUUGCUCAUAGAGGAUUUCAACAUAGCUUGAAGCUUACAUCUCAAGGUCUAUCCCAGUGUCUAGACUACUCUGUCAUGGCUUUUCGUAAGAGUAUGCCAGUUUUGGAUUUCCUCGUGUCUCAUAUUAGAGGUUUCAACCUAAACGACUUUAGGAGGUAUAGAAAUAAAGUUGAGACUGCUUUGAAGGGGUUGAAAGUGUAUGUGACUCACCGCAGAACCAAACAAAAGUACAUUGUGAGGGGGUUAGCACGAGAGAAUGUAAGAAACUCUAAGUUUGUUGUUGUAGAUCCAGAUGGUAAAAUUCCAGACAAAGAAGUUCGAUUGGUAAAGUAUUUUGAGGAGAAGUAUGGUAAGGUUAUUGAGCACAUAGACAUUCCCUGUUUGGAUCUUGGGAAAAUUGGUAAAAGGAACGAAGUACCAAUGGAAUUUUGUGAAAUUGUUGAAGGGCAAAGGUAUAACAAAGAGCAACUAAAUAAAUAUGCAGCCAAGCAAUUGAAACAGUGUUCAUUGCCUCCAGCAUAUGUUAGAGAGCGUCUUAUACGGGAUUUGGCUCAAUCAGCAGAUGGUCCUUGCGGUGGAGGCAUCUCUCGCAAUUUUGGAUUUGAUGUCAACACAAAUAUGAGUACUGUAACUGGGCGUGUGAUUGGCCCCCCUGAGCUGAAGCUUGGUGCUCCCAAUGGGAAGGUUACUACCGUAACAGUUGACAAAGAGAAAUGCCAGUGGAACUUACUUGGAAAGUCUGUGGUGCAAGGAAAACCCAUAGAGAGGUGGGUUGUUCUAGACUUCAGCCAUUGGUCAAAUGAUGAACAGGAUAUUCAAUUGGAUCCCAAUUCAUUCAUUCCAAAGCUUAUCAGUCGAUGCGGAAAAUUGGGCAUUAGAAUGGCACAGCCACUUUCUUAUGUACCAACAUCAAUGGAUCAAUUCUCUAGCGUGGAUAAACUUCGUGAGCUUCUUGAAGGUGUUAGUCAGCGAGCUUACAAGAAUGGAAGAGGCCACUUGCAACUUCUUGUUUGUGUAAUGUCUAAGAGGGAUCCAGGUUACAAGUAUCUUAAGUGGAUCUCUGAAACGAAAAUUGGUGUUGUCACACAGUGUUGCUUGUCUGAGCUUGCAAACAAGGCAAGCGACCAAUAUCUUGCUAAUCUUGGUCUCAAACUUAAUGCUAAACUUGGAGGUAGCAAUGUGGAGCUAGGUACCCGGCUUCCUAUUCCUACAGGUUCGGGCCAUUUAAUGUUUAUUGGGGCUGAUGUCAAUCAUCCCGGUGCUUGGAAUGUGACAAGCCCAUCAAUAGCAGCUGUUGUUGCCACAAUGAAUUGGCCUGCUGCAAACCGCUAUGCUACAAGAGUUAGAGCACAACACCACCGCUGUGAGAGGAUUCUUGAUUUUGGAGACAUGUGUUUGGAGCUUAUUGGUACUUAUGAUCGCCUGAACAAAGUUUACCCAGAGAAAAUUAUCAUCUUCCGGGAUGGAGUUAGUGAGGGCCAGUUUGAUAUGGUUCUCAAUGAAGAGUUACUUGAUUUGAGAAUGGCACUUAGUACCAUAAAUUAUUCUCCAACUAUCACUCUUAUUGUUGCCCAAAAGCGCCACCAGACCCGUUUGUUCCCGAGUAGUAGGAAUGAUGGAGGUUCCAGCGGUAAUGUGCCUCCUGGCACAGUUGUUGACACAACAGUUGUUCACCCUUUUGAGUUUGAUUUCUACCUGUGCAGUCACUAUGGAAGCCUAGGGACAAGCAAGCCUACUCACUACCAUGUCUUGUACGAUGAACACAAGUUUACUUCUGACCAACUGCAGAAGCUCAUAUAUGACAUGUGUUUUACCAUGGCUCGCUGCACCAAACCUGUCUCUUUGGUACCACCAGUGUACUAUGCUGACCUUGCUGCCUAUAGGGGGAGACUGUAUCACGAGGCAGUGACGGAGGGGGUGUCUCCACCGUCAGCUGCAUCCUCUACUUCUAUGCUAGCAUCAUCUUCAUCCUCGUCUUCUGUGGUUUCAAUGGAUGAAAGGUUCUUCAAAUUGCAUGCUGACCUGGAGAAUGAAAUGUUUUUCAUUUGAUAGGGUCCCAGCUUUGACGUUGUUACAUUCUCCAUGUUAAAUAGGAGAAGGCGGAGUUGUUAUGUUCCCCUUCUAUAUGUUUAAAGCGGGGAAAUACUAGACUGUUAUGUUCUCUCCUUGUUAUAGACGGGGUAAGACAGCACCGUUAUGUUCUCCCUCUUUGUUUAAGAGGGGAAGGUAACACCGUUAAGAUUGUUCUUCAUCAAAAACCACACGCUAUUACACCGUAUGAUCGGGUUUGUGCGUGAAUCUAAAGGAUUAGAGUGAAUAAUUAUCUGGCUUUACUCACUUUCAUGGCUUGUGAUCAACCAUGGUAACUCUUGUGUAAGUAAAGCCAGGAGUAGAAUAAGGCCUGAAGCCGUUUGUGGGGUUGAACUGUAUGAUUCCAGCUUGUUUUUUCCUUGGGUAUAUUCUGUUGAUGUUUAUCAGUUUAUGUGAUUGCUUCAGAGUCUUUGAUAUUUGUGUGCUUAGAUUGCUUGUUAAUUUUUUGUGUUUAUGUAGUGGAGUUUCUUCUCCACUCUGUGUACUGCAUAAUAAAGUGUAUGGGUCUGAACUCAGAACUUGAUAUUUAUAAAUUUGGGUUGUUGUCCU